UGCAGCAGGCUGUGGGGACGAAGACAGAAGCAGAAAAGAAAAAUCAUCCCCAGGGCUGGGGCCCGCCAUUCCUCUGCAACAUGCAUCCCAUCGGACCCCAGAGCUGCAUCGCAGACAUGCGCACGUAUGGAAAACGGCUUGCACCUCCGAGCCUGGCCCAGCCGCAGGGGACAUGGAGCUUGUGAUCCAGGCUGCUGGGGGAAGAGAAAGGACCUGCUCCAGGCUUUCAUUUCCUGGCUGAAGUUUCUCUUGUGGGGGUUAGCGUCUGCAUCCCAGGGCGAUGAGGUUAGAGGCCCGGCCGCUGGGGGAGUGGUAGCGUUCAGAUAGGCGUCUGCGCCUUUGUGCCGGCCACCUGAGGACACGCGUCUGCUCUCCCGACUGCCAUGGACAACGGGUCAUGCUGUCUCAUCGAGGGGGACCCCAUCUCCCAGGUGAUGCCACCGCUACUCAUCCUGGCCUUCGUGCUCGGUGCCCUGGGCAACGGGAUAGCGCUGUGUGGUUUCUGCUUUCACGUGAAGGCCUGGAAGCCAAGUACUAUUUACCUUUUCAACUUGGCCGUGGCUGAUUUUCUCCUCAUGAUCAGCCUGCCCUUACGGACAGACUAUUACCUCAGGCAUAGACACUGGAUUUUUGGGGAUAUUCCCUGUCGCCUGGUCCUCUUCAUGCUGGCCAUGAAUAGGGCCGGGAGCAUCGUCUUCCUCACGGUGGUGGCUGCGGACAGGUAUUUCAAAGUGGUCCACCCCCACCAUACGAUGAACGCCAUAUCCAGGCGGACAGCAGCCGCCACCACCUGUGUGCUCUGGACCUUGGUCAUCCUGGGGACUGUGUAUCUUCUCAUGGAGAGUCACCUGUGUGCGCAGGAGACAGUGUCGUCUUGUGAGAGCUUCAUCAUGGAGUCCGCCAACGGGUGGCACGACAUCAUGUUCCAGCUGGAGUUCUUCCUGCCGCUAGCCGUCAUCUUGUUUUGCUCCUUCCAAGUCGUCUGGAGCCUGAGACAGAGGCAGCAGCUGGCGGGACAGGCUCGAAUAAAGAGGGCCACCAGGUUCAUCAUGGUGGUGGCUGCCGUGUUCAUCACGUGCUACCUGCCCAGCGUGUUGGCCAGGCUCUACUUCCUCUGGACGGUGCCCUCCAGCGCCUGUGACCCCUCCGUCCACACAGCCCUCCACGUCACCCUCAGCUUCACCUACCUGAACAGCAUGCUGGAUCCUCUCGUCUAUUAUUUCUCAAGCCCCUCAUUCUCCAAAUUCUAUACCAAGCUCAACAUCUGCAGUCUGAGGCCCAAACGCCCAGGCCGCUCGAAGACACAGAGGUCAGAAGAGGUGCCAAUUGCCACCCUCUGUCGUAAGUGUCCCAUCGAUGGGGCAAAUAGCUCCCAAAGGCCAUCAGACGGGCAGUGGGAUCUCCAAGUGUGUUCAAUGGCACUAAGACAAACAGCCCAAGAGCAAGGCAGAAGGACGGGCAACUGUGAGUUAAAUGGAGGGGGGACUUCAAAAAUGUCACCACCCUGUCUCAGCUAUGUCUUGCUCUUACUCAGAUGGAAAUGAAAUCCACAUCAUUCAACCUUUUCUAGAAGGUGCUUGAAGUGAGUUGGUUGUGUUCAAGUACUCUGAUUGCUAUAUGGUGAGGGGACGGGGUGUGUGUGUGUGUGUGUGUGUGUGUGUGUGUGUGUGUGUAGGAAAACGUGUGUUGGGUUAGGAACUGUUCAGAGCCUGCAUCAUUUUACUUGGCUGAGAAAAGAGGUGUGAGUGUUGCUGGGUCUUAUUCUUGCUCUGAGAGAGUUAAUGAACUUGAUAACUUUGUCAGUAUUUCCUGGACAGGAAAAAAAAAAAGAAACUGGACUAAGUCGAUACACUUUUUUCCAGCUGAGCAGACUCUUUACAUCAGGAUGCUUGGUUCUGGCCGGUUUCUCAUCUUCCCUGGGGAGCCACCAUACAUUUCCUUUUCAGUGUUUGGACUUCUAGGUAGCCCAGGAGGACAGCAAAAAAAAAAUCUAUUCCAACCUUCCAGCUCUGCAUUUUUCUGAUUUUAAGUGGUUUGGUUUUGCUUUGUUUGCAUUUCAAAGACGCUGAGGGACACGUCUAACUGCUCUGGUUUCUCCAGAAGAAGCUGAGAGCCUGGGCCCUGAGGCCAGGAAUCCUUAUUGGGAUGUGCCAGUUCAAGCAUGGUUGCUUCUGACUGCUUGUGUAUGCGUUGAAAUCAUUCACCGGGUGGUGGUGGCACACGCCUUUAAUCCCAGCACUUGGGAGGCAGAGCCAGGCAGAUCUCUGUAAGUUUGGGGCCAGCCUGGUCUACAGAGCGAGUUCCAGGAUGGCCAGGGCUACACAGAGAAACCCUGUCUCGAAAAAAAAAAAAAUCAUUCAUUCAUUGAUUCAUUCAUUCAUUCUCAAGUCCUUAUUGAAUACAUAUUGCGUUGUUCAGCACCAUCCUGUAUCCUCAUCUGUUUUGUCUUUGGUGCUGGGCAUUGAACUCGGGGCCUUCCAUGAGCUAGGCACUUCCACAGAGCUCCAUUCCCAACCCCUUGAGGCCUCUUUGAGCUACAGCGCUGUUAGCCAAUGCUAAAAAAAAAUGUUCUUGGUCUACAGAGCGAGAUCCAGGACAGGCACCAAAACUACAUAGAAAAACCUUGUCUUGAAAAACAAAAAACAAACAAACAAAAAAGUUCCGGGGGCGGGGCGAGCAGAGACAUUUCAGCUCCUCUCCCUUUUGUUGAACAGUGUCUAAUCAAUUAUCGGGAUCUCCCCCCUAUUGUGGGCCUCCCUCUUGCACACGUGUUCUCCAAAUACUACCUGGAACUCUCACAACUGGAUGAUUUUUGUGAACUGCAGGCUGCUCCUGUCCUGGAGAAAGGAAAAAUAGGUCCUGUGUCAACCUUAGCUCCGCUUCCAAAGUGGUGACAGUCACUCUUCCGGUUUACACUUUCUCCAACUCCCAGGGUGCUCUCCCCGAGGCAGGGACCUUGACAACUUUCAUGUCCUUAGCCUGAGACACUCCUCUAGGCUGUCCCUAUGGCUUUCCUUGCCCGAGGUGUUUGUACAGCCUGGUAGCCAAAACUACGGUCUGGCUACAGGGCUGGGGAGAUGGCUCAGGGUGUAAAGGGGCCCGCUGCCACGCUGACAACCUGAGCAUCCCUGAGACCCAUUCGGUGGAAGGAGAGGACCGGCCCCCAAAGCCUCUGUGUUCGUACACACACACACACACACACACACACACACACUUUAUUAAUUCAAUAACAAUUGUAUUGGCUGCACAGUCAAGUGGAUCUCAGUUUGAUUCCUAGUUUAAAUACUUAUUAGAUGUGUGCUCUUAGGGAAGAUUUUAUAUCAUCGUGUUCAGUUUUGAUUCCUCCAUUUGUCCAACAGGGGUAAUACUGACUCCACAGGGUUUAGGGGCAGAUUCAAUGAAUGUAUAAUCUUGAAGUACAAGAACUUUGUUACUGUUUUGUCCCAGGUGCCUAGAAGGAGACUACCUGCUUACCGUAGAUGAUAAAUAAAUACCUGUUGAAUGACUAUGUGCACGUAAAGUAUGAGACCCUACAUCUGGCUCCAAGUUUUCAAUAAUGACUUACGACACUACAUGUGGUUUGUUGUUAAGCUCGAGGAUAAUUCCAUUAAAGUUUAAAAGAAAAAUUCCAGGGCAGGCAAGCUGUGAAUCUCAGCAGAAGGAGGAGGAGGAAGAAAGGCAUGGCUUUUCUCAACAGCUGCAGAGUGGAUGAGCAGCCACACAGCAGGGAGAGGGCUUCAGGAAGAGUGGAAAGGUGCCCAGUGACAGGAUGCUUAGGCUCUGGCCAGGUCGAAAGAAAGAGACAGAAAAAGAAAAGGGGAAAGCCGGGCGGUG